AUGUCAUAUGAUGAGAUUGAGGUAUUGACGGUCGACGAUAAUGAUGACAUUGAUGACACUGAUGACAUUGAUGAUAUUGAAGUGUCGUCGGUUGUUCCUCUCUACAAAUUAAAAUGGCAAAUGGCGAAAAAAGAGUCAAAUGCAGCAGGAACAACAUUUAGUGAAGCAGUUUCCAGUUUCCUAUGCCUGUCGAUCGGAUUAACCAGGAACGAACAACCUGCAGCUGCUCUUUCCUGCAAAAAGACUAGAAGAUGUAAGACAGAGCCACCUUUCGAUUCUCUCGCCGGCUGUGAUUGGCCAGUCUUGGGUCCCAGAAGUAGAUUAUGGGAUUAUUAG